AUGCUUAAUCUGUACCGAAACACCUGUGCCAGUCUGGUGCGGGCCAGCAAGCCUGCCGUCGCCCUCACCACGGUGCCCGCGCAGUCGGCGAAGCUCGUGCCUGCUUGUGAUCAGACCCAGAAGCGUUACGCCGCCGCGGCCGCCGCCUCGAAGGCCACCGCCUCGAAGGGCAAGGUGGUCGCCGUCAUCGGCGCCGUCGUCGACGUUCAGUUUGACGGUGAGCUGCCCUCCAUUCUCAAUGCGCUAGAGGUCAGCGAUCGCAAGCCUCGUCUGGUCCUCGAGGUGGCUCAACACCUGGGCGAGAAUGUGGUGCGCACCAUCGCCAUGGACGGUACCGAGGGUCUGGUCCGUGGUCAGGAGGUGAUCGACACCGACUCGCCCAUCAAGAUUCCCGUCGGCCCGGAGACUCUGGGUCGCAUCAUCAACGUCAUUGGCGAGCCCAUUGAUGAGCGUGGCCCCGUCAACACCGACAAGUUUGCUGCCAUUCACGCCGAGGCGCCCGAGUUCGUGGAGAUGAGCGUCGAGGCGGAGAUCCUGGUGACCGGCAUUAAGGUCGUCGAUCUGCUGGCCCCCUACUCGAAGGGCGGUAAGAUUGGCCUGUUCGGCGGUGCCGGUGUCGGCAAGACUGUGCUCAUCAUGGAGCUGAUCAACAACGUCGCCAAGGCGCACGGUGGCUACUCCGUCUUUGCCGGCGUCGGCGAGCGAACUCGUGAGGGUAACGAUCUGUACCACGAAAUGAUUGAGGGCGGUGUCAUCUCCCUCAAGGACAAGUCCUCCAAGGUCGCCCUUGUGUACGGUCAGAUGAACGAGCCCCCGGGCGCCCGUGCCCGUGUCGCUCUGACCGGUCUGACCGUCGCCGAGUACUUCCGUGACGCGGAGGGCCAGGACGUGCUGCUCUUCAUCGACAACAUCUUCCGCUUCACCCAGGCCGGCUCUGAGGUGUCCGCCCUGCUGGGUCGUAUUCCCUCGGCCGUGGGCUACCAGCCGACGCUGGCCACUGACAUGGGCUCCAUGCAGGAGCGCAUCACUACCACGCGCAAGGGCUCCAUCACCUCGGUGCAGGCCAUCUACGUGCCGGCCGACGAUUUGACCGAUCCCGCCCCGGCCACCACUUUUGCCCACUUGGACGCCACCACGGUGCUGUCCCGAGGCAUUGCCGAGCUGGGCAUCUACCCGGCCGUCGAUCCGCUCGACUCCACCUCCCGUAUCAUGGACCCCAACAUUGUCGGCGCAGAGCACUACGACAUUGCCCGUGGCGUGCAGAAGAUUCUUCAGGACUACAAGUCCCUGCAGGACAUCAUCGCCAUUCUGGGUAUGGACGAGCUGAGCGAGGAGGACAAGCUGACGGUGGCUCGCGCCCGAAAGAUCCAGCGCUUCCUCUCGCAGCCCUUCCAGGUCGCCGAGGUGUUCACCGGCCAGGCGGGCAAGUUUGUGCCCCUCGCCGAGACGAUCAAGGGCUUCAACUCCAUCCUCAAGGGCGAGUACGACCACCUGCCCGAGGUGGCCUUCUACAUGGUCGGCCCCAUUGAGGAGGUGAUUGAGAAGGCGGAGAAGCUCGCCAAGGAGGCCGCUGCGUAA